GUUCAGUUGGCUCGGAGGGUUUUAAAACUGGAGCGAAUCAAUGCUUCUCUACGACAGCAGCUUGGAACUCAAGAGAAAGAAAAGAAUACACUAAAUGGAGAAUUAACUCAAAUGAAGUCCCAGUUUGAGUUAUCAAGUCAACCACACAAAUAUUUAAUGGAGACACUCCAAGGAAGAGAUAAGAAGAUAGAAAAACUAACAGAGACUAAUAUUGCCCUGGAGAAAAGGAUCAGUGUUUUAGAAAAGAAGUUAAAGCAAGUUAUAGAAGAAAAGAAUAAGCUGUCACUUGAUCUGGAGAGACUGCUCUCCCAUCAAGAAGAGGUAUCAAUCAUAAAGAAUCUGGUAGCUAGUAUCGGCAGAGGUGGUGGAGAGGGUUACUCCAGUUCUCACGUACGGCCACCUCCUCACAGGAAAUGCUACCCUCCUCCUCUCACCUCUCAACCACAACCAACCAUAUUU